UGUUAAUUCACUGCGCUAAGGGUGUCAGCCACGCCCCUACACUUUUCCUGGCAUAUCUCAUGAUCCACCAUGACAUGACAGGGGAUGAAGCCAUCGAUUACCUCAUUCAGAGAGGUGUGUCUGGAAAUAUACCUCAACGGCGUGUACCAUGGCACUGAGACUUUCCAAGUACCAGCAGAGGAUGAGGACCAGGUGGAGUGCAGGAUCAUCCCCGAUGCCAUCUGCGACCUUUUCGGGAGCUCGGCAGUGAUCGAUUCCCUGGAAAGGAUUGAUUCACCUGAGGACAUGCCAGUCAGUUCCAGUGUUGUAGAGGGGGGCGCUGUGCAGGUUGACUCUGUGAACGACUCAACCGCCUCAGCUAGUGUUGUUGAGAGAGAUGGGCUCGAGGAUGAAGUCAAAAAUGUCUCCUCAGUGUUGGUGUCACCAACGGAAUUGGCAGGGAGCGGGAUCGACGCUUCUCCUGAAACCCCAGAGAACAGCCCAACAGAAAGUACCAAAGUGUGGAUGAUGAAGAAAGCGAGUGGAUUCUUUCAGAUGCUUUUUGGCGUCCCAGAGCCACUGUGUGUCCCAGACACUCAUCAGCCAACAUCUGAAACGGAUCUGGUCGAUUCUGAGCAGGAAACCCCCGUGGAUCUGGACAAUUUGGAGCAACCGGAUGUCCCAGUUCCAAUAGUUUCGGAGCAGGAAACUCCAGUGGAUCUCGUUGAUCUAGAGGAGUCCAGCGUCUCGGCUCUAAACCGUUCUGAGGCAGAACCAGUGUCCACUGAAGGUCUGGAAGUUGAAGUCAAGGAUGCCAUUUCAGAUCUGAAGAGCCCUACUCUGGUGUGUGAGGAUCUGAGCGACUCCGCAGGGCCUUCAGGGAGAACCAGUGGGAUCGAUCAGAGUGGCAUGGAUGCUUCUCCUGAAACCCCUGUAAAGAUCAGCCCAAAAGAAAGUACCAAAGUGAGGAAGAAGGGAAAAAUUAGGGCAUUCUUCAAAAAGCUUUUUAGGAUUGAUCCGGCUGUUCCAGAGACCUUGUGUCUCCCAGAUGCAAGCGUUCCUGAGAUGGAUCCUGAAUCGGAGCUGUCUGAUGCAUAUGAAUCGUCUGAUGAGGGUCCAAGCGUUGCUGAGAUGGUUUCUGAAUGGGAUCUGUCUGAUGCAUAUGAAUCGUCUGAUGAGGGUCCAAGCGUUGCUGAGAUGGUUUCUGAAUGGGAUCUGUCUGAUUCAUAUGAAUCGUCUGAUGAGGGUCCAAGCGUUGCUGAGAUGGUUUCUGAAUGGGAUCUGUCUGAUUCAUAUGAAUCGUCUGAUGAGGGUCCAAGCGUUGCCGAGAUGGUUCCUGAAUGGGAUCUGUCUGAUGCAUAUGAAUCGUGUGAUGAGGGUCCAAGCGUUCCUGAGAUGGAUCCUGAAUCGGAUCUGUCUGAUGCAUAUGAAUCGUGUGAUGAGGGUCCAAGCGUUCCUGAGAUGGAUCCUGAAUCGGAUCUGUCUGAUGCAUAUGAAACGUGUGAUGAGGGUCCAAGCGUUCCUGAGAUGGAUCCUGAAUCGGAUCUGUCUGAUUCGGAUGAAUCGUGUGUCCAAGGACCAAGCAGUCCUUGUGCAUGCACUUCCAAGCAGGAACUAGUUCAAGAAGGACCCGAUUCCCGUUUUGCGGAGCGUGUGAAGGGCUGUACAAAGGAUCUGGAACCUGUCACCGAGGUGUGGAACAACAUCUUCAUUGGAAAUGAAGUGAUAGCAGAGGACCGAAUGAAACUGAAGGAGCUGGGGAUUACUCACAUCCUCAAUGCUGCUGCUUUGAAGAAUAAUCUGAGGGUCUUGAUGGGAGUCCCGUGCGAGGAAGACCUGAUGGAAACCGUUGAUACAGGGGCGAGUUACUACAGAGGCAUGAACAUCACGUAUUGCCGCAUGCCUACAACGCAAACUUCCAACAUCAGCAAAUACUUCGUGCCAGCUGCCAAAUUCAUUCACAAGGCCAUGAAAAACCCACAAAAUAAGGUGUUAAUUCACUGCGCUAAGGGUGUCAGCCACGCCCCUACACUUUUCCUGGCAUAUCUCAUGAUCCACCAUGACAUGACAGGGGAUGAAGCCAUCGAUUACCUCAUUCAGGUACGAUACAUCAAGCCCGACUUAGACUUCCUGAAGAAGCUGACGAUCCUCGACCAGUUAUUGUGCACAAUGAGACUUGUGCACAAAACAACCAGUUAUAGAAGGGAAAACGACAAGACCUGGUUAAAGAAGCUAGAAGCCAAAAUACUGCAAAAGAAGUGCUGCUGUACACCGGACAAAGAGUGUGGCCGGAUUGAGAGAAGAUUCACACUUUUUCGAGCUUUUCAUCUUAGAACUUGCUCCAGAGAGGUGUGUCUGGAAAUAUACCUCAACGGCGUGUACCAUGGCACUGAGACUUUCCAAGUACCAGCAGAGGAUGAGGACCAGGUGGAGUGCAGGAUCAUCCCCGAUGCCAUCUGCGACCUUUUCGGGAGCUCGGCAGUGAUCGAUUCCCUGGAAAGGAUUGAUUCACCUGAGGACAUGCCAGUCAGUUCCAGUGUUGUAGAGGGGGGCGCUGUGCAGGUUGACUCUGUGAACGACUCAACCGCCUCAGCUAGUGUUGUUGAGAGAGAUGGGCUCGAGGAGGAAGUCAAAAAUGUCUCCUCAGUGUUGGUGUCACCAACGGAAUUGGCAGGGAGCGGGAUCGACGCUUCUCCUGAAACCCCAGAGAACAGCCCAACAGAAAGUACCAAAGUGUGGAUGAUGAAGAAAGCGAGUGGAUUCUUUCAGAUGCUUUUUGGUGUCUCAGAGCCACUGUGUGUCCCAGACACUCAUCAGCCAACAUCUGCAACGGAUCUGGUCGAUUCUGAGCAGGAAACCCCCGUGGAUCUGGACAAUUUGGAGCAACCGGAUGUCCCAGUUCCAAUAGUUUCGGAGCAGGAAACUCCAGUGGAUCUCGUUGAUCUAGAGGAGUCCAGCGUCUCGGCUCUAAACCGUUCUGAGGCAGAACCAGUGUCCACUGAAGGUCUGGAAGUUGAAGUCAAGGAUGCCAUUUCAGAUCUGAAGAGCCCUACUCUGGUGUGUGAGGAUCUGAGCGACUCCGCAGGGCCUUCAGGGAGAACCAGUGGGAUCGAUCAGAGUGGCAUGGAUGCUUCUCCUGAAACCCCUGUAAAGAUCAGCCCAAAAGAAAGUACCAAAGUGAGGAAGAAGGGAAAAAUUAGGGCAUUCUUCAAAAAGCUUUUUAGGAUUGAUCCGGCUGUUCCAGAGACCUUGUGUCUCCCAGAUGCAAGCGUUCCUGAGAUGGAUCCUGAAUCGGAGCUGUCUGAUGCAUAUGAAUCGUCUGAUGAGGGUCCAAGCGUUGCUGAGAUGGUUUCUGAAUGGGAUCUGUCUGAUUCAUAUGAAUCGUCUGAUGAGGGUCCAAGCGUUGCUGAGAUGGUUCCUGAAUGGGAUCUGUCUGAUUCAUAUGAAUCGUCUGAUGAGGGUCCAAGCGUUGCUGAGAUGGUUCCUGAAUGGGAUCUGUCUGAUGCAUAUGAAUCGUGUGAUGAGGGUCCAAGCGUUGCCGAGAUGGAUCCUGAAUCAGAUCUUUCUGAUGCAUAUGAAUCGUGUGAUGAGGGUCCAAGCGUUCCUGAGAUGGAUCCUGAAUCGGAUCUGUCUGAUUCGGAUGAAUCGUGUGUCCAAGGACCAAGCAGUCCUUGUGCAUGCACUUCCAAGCAGGAACUAGUUCAAGAAGGACCCGAUUCCCGUUUUGCGGAGCGUGUGAAGGGCUGUACAAAGGAUCUGGAACCUGUCACCGAGGUGUGGAACAACAUCUUCAUUGGAAAUGAAGUGAUAGCAGAGGACCGAAUGAAACUGAAGGAGCUGGGGAUUACUCACAUCCUCAAUGCUGCUGCUUUGAAGAAUAAUCUGAGGGUCUUGAUGGGAGUCCCGUGCGAGGAAGACCUGAUGGAAACCGUUGAUACAGGGGCGAGUUACUACAGAGGCAUGAACAUCACGUAUUGCCGCAUGCCUACAACGCAAACUUCCAACAUCAGCAAAUACUUCGUGCCAGCUGCCAAAUUCAUUCACAAGGCCAUGAAAAACCCACAAAAUAAGGUGUUAAUUCACUGCGCUAAGGGUGUCAGCCACGCCCCUACACUUUUCCUGGCAUAUCUCAUGAUCCACCAUGACAUGACAGGGGAUGAAGCCAUCGAUUACCUCAUUCAAACGUGUGAUGAGGGUCCAAGCGUUCCUGAGAUGGAUCCUGAAUCGGAUCUGUCUGAUGCAUAUGAAACGUGUGAUGAGGGUCCAAGCGUUCCUGAGAUGGAUCCUGAAUCGGAUCUGUCUGAUUCGGAUGAAUCGUGUGUCCAAGGACCAAGCAGUCCUUGUGCAUGCACUUCCAAGCAGGAACUAGUUCAAGAAGGACCCGAUUCCCGUUUUGCGGAGCGUGUGAAGGGCUGUACAAAGGAUCUGGAACCUGUCACCGAGGUGUGGAACAACAUCUUCAUUGGAAAUGAAGUGAUAGCAGAGGACCGAAUGAAACUGAAGGAGCUGGGGAUUACUCACAUCCUCAAUGCUGCUGCUUUGAAGAAUAAUCUGAGGGUCUUGAUGGGAGUCCCGUGCGAGGAAGACCUGAUGGAAACCGUUGAUACAGGGGCGAGUUACUACAGAGGCAUGAACAUCACGUAUUGCCGCAUGCCUACAACGCAAACUUCCAACAUCAGCAAAUACUUCGUGCCAGCUGCCAAAUUCAUUCACAAGGCCAUGAAAAACCCACAAAGUAAGAUCUUUUAUCAAGUGUUCUGUUCUGGAGUGACAAACUGUUUGGGACUUUUCUGA